GGGAGGCGGCUGCUCCUCGCCGAAUAUUUGGCAACGUUCGGGCUUGUGUUGUUAAAUAUUUUAGUAACGCCGUGGCAAUACAUAAACAGUUGAGUGCUUUAUAUCCUGGGAAGGCGGACGAGAGGAAAGGAAGAGCGUGUCGCCGGGUGUGUAAUUAGUGCUUCCCGAAGAAACAGAUAUCAGAGUCCAUGUGGCGGAACUGGGAUCUUGCAGGAACAUUUCCGUGGGAGGGAAAGUGACAGGUGGUUUGUGUGGAUGUGAAUGAGCUCCGCAGCGUGAAGGAGCAGCCUCCCGGGAACAGCUACACGUGGAUGGCAACACGCAGCCGUCCCCGGCACCCAUCGGGAUUUUCAGCCCCGCGGAGUGAUUUUGCUCUGGUUUGCAAUGAAGAUAACUCCAAGGCGCUGCCCUUGCGUCGGGCGUUGGGCGGCAGCGUGAGGCGGAGUGAUGGGGAGAGCUGCCAGCAGAAAGUGCAGCCGCUGCAGAGCGGGGCCACCUGUUGCAGCCGGCUCGCCAGGAAACACCCCGUCCCAGCCGGGCGCGGGGCUGCCUGCCGCUGCCUCUCGUGUUGCUCGUGUUUCACGUCCGUGUUUUAAUUUUAGCUCCCUUCUCGUUUGUGGAGAGUCAUGCUUUUGUCAGGAGUUCAGUCUUUGGCAGGGAGGAAGUCUGCGUGCGCUCCGUGGUGCGGUGAGCUGGGAGCUGUGCACGGAGCUGUGCGCUCUGUUUGCCUUUCGGGAAGUUGGAGUAAUUCUGGGCUGUCAAAGAGCCUCCGAGCUCUGCAGCUGUCGUGCACGCCAGUAUGGGGACAUCCCGUGCCUGGUGUCUCUCCUCGCAGCCUGGCAGCACUGGCACGAGGCAGGAGGACCAAUGCUCGGUGCCCAGCUGUCCCCGUGCAGUGAGCAGAGCCCGGGGUUUGUCCAAGCCAUGGAGGCGGCGCUGAUCUUCCUGUUCUCCCUGCUGGUGUCGGUGGCCGCGGCGGAUGGCACCCAAGAGAAGGAGGAAGACCCCUUUAACUAUGAUUACCAAAGCCUGCGGAUCGGUGGGCUGGUGUUUGCCGUGGUCCUGUUCACUGUCGGCAUCCUCCUCAUACUCAGCAGGAGGUGCAGGUGCAGUUUUCACCAGAAGCCCAGAGCUCCGGGGGAUGAAGAGGCUCAGGGUGAGAACCUGAUCACCUCGAAUGCAACGGGAGCGCAGAAAGCAGAGAACUGAACCGGAGCCAUGCGACCCAGAGACCUGAGGACAGAUGCUCGGACCGCAGGUGCCAGCGGCCUGCCAGGAAACUGAACCCGCAGCAACAGGUCCCUCGGAGGAGAUGCAAAGCUGCUGUGUCUGUGUUACCCUCUGUACUUCAACACCGGUUCUCUAUCCACUAACUCGACUUAACUCCACUCACUGUCCUCUCUGCCUCCAGUGCUGUGUAUGUUAAUGUAAGGUGACCAUUACCUCUAGGGCUAGUUGUUGCUGAUGUUGUAAUAGUGACUCUCUCCUCACCUUCCUUGUGCUGUGAGCGUGCUGUGGGCUGGGCAUGGCAGACCCCUGGCUUGCCCCGAAUCCUGCGGGGACCAGGGAGGGGGUGAGCGGCACCGUGGGUGUUUGUGAAGCACCGUGUGCCUCCAUGGUGCCGCAUCAAUUCCCCUGCUCCCUCCCAGCCCUGGCAAUGGAAGCUGCAUGGUACGGACAGCCCUGGCUGCGGUGCAUGCAGCCUGCUGCAGCCUGGGCACUGUGGCCCUUGGGAAAUUGCUGAGUGCUGACACAUGCAUGUGCAUGGUGGGGCCGGGACCAAGCACACGUGGCUCCCCCAAGCUGGCUUGCUGGAACAGACCUGCAGCAUUCUGGGGGCUUUUUCAUCUGUUCUGAGGCUGCAGCUGGCUGUAGUGUGGCCAGGAGAGAAAGGGAACGCAGCACUGUCGCCUCACUGCCCAUUCAGCAAUAAUCCCCCAGGCCACAAACCCAGGGCUGGGCUGUGCCAGGUGCCCCACAGUGCUGGGCUCAGGGCUGCAGGGAGCCCCUUGGCACAGCCCCCGUCUCCUCCGCUCAGCGCUCCCCAGUUACAUCCCAGCGCGCCGUGCUGCGUUCAACGGGACAAAUUGCAGAGAGGGCUGUGAAAUCCCGUGUCACUGUGAACGAGGGCGGCCGUGCGGCGGUGACCCCGCCAACCAGCACAAACCGCUCCUCACCGACGCUCCGCGUGCUGCUGGGGUGGAGCUGGGCAGGCUGAACCGAACACGCGCUGAGCUCAGCCCCUGUCCUGGUCACCUCCGGUGGGAAGGGGCAGGGACAUUUCCUCCCGGUGCCCUCCCUGUGUCCGUGUCCCCCAGCAGCUGUGUGUUGUCACCCCCCAUGCUCGCAGCCCCAGGACCUUGUAGCAGCAGGGAGCGACGCUCCGGGCUCUGCGCGCCCGCUGGCACCGUGGGCUGAGGUCACCCCCCAUGUGCAGGAGCCCACUGCUCCUGGUGUCUUCUCCAAGUCCAUGCAGAGCCUCAUUGGGAACCGGCGGCUGUGCUGGUGCGGGGACAAAGCUCUCUGCAUCCUGGAGGCUGUGAGAGGGGUCCUGUGUACUGUGUCCCUUGCUCCUGGCUGUCACCGCUCCAUCUGUCCCUGGGUGCAGCCCCCUGUGCCCUCCAGCCCCAUGCGUCGCUGUGUGCGUGUCCCGGUGUCGGUGUUGGAGUGCCCGUGGUGUCUGUGGCGUUCCGUUGGUGUUAACACUAAACAAAGAAAACCCCGUGGUUGUGUAGAAACGGCCAGACCUUGACUGUUGUAAAAUAAACCGAGCUAUUGUGUUUCCUUUUAAAUAGGCGAGCGUGCUGCUGUGGUGAAGGGCUGGUGUGUUCUGUGCUGUGAUCUAAAGGGGAAAGGAAUAAAACAGCAUUUCUACCAG